AUGUCGAAAUGUGAAGCGUGCAGGGGGGUCAAAGGAAGGUACAAUGAAACAAAAGCGCAGAAGUCAGAGGUAGACUUCCCAUUACAGCUGCUGGGAAUAAGUAACAAGCUUGGCUCGCUCAUGACCUUGCCCAGUGUGAUUGGGGGGGGGGGGGGGGGGACGAUUGAGAAGUCUGUACAGGUACUUUCGGAUGCGUUUGACGACUUCCAACGCCGGUUACUUGAACAGAAAAUAUCAACUAAGGAGCUGACGAAACGAGAAAAUCUGCUGGAGAACGUUGGCUCACUCAAUAAACUUACUCAGAUUAGGCAAGAUUUGGAUAAUCUUGAGUGGCAUAGUCGUCGCUUGAACGUCGAAAUUCAUGGCAUCCCAGAAACAAAAAAUGAGGACUUGAUGAACAAAAUAUAUGAACUGGCAAAAACGCUGAAUGUGCCGCCCAUGGCCCGAAGUGACAUUUCAGCUUUGCAUGGACUUCCAGCAAAACCGGGCGAAACUCAAGGAGCUAUUGUUCGUUUCACAAGUCAGGAGCCUCGCGAUUCUUGGCUCCUGAAGAGGCAGACACUCAAGAAAGUAAAAGACAAUAUAUACAUUUGUGAAAAUAUUACGCGGUUCUCCCGCACUCUUCUGUCAGCAACAAGGCAAUGGGCGCAGAAGUCUGGCUAUGCGUUUGUUUGGCACGGGAAUGGGAAAGUGUUAGUUCGAAAACAGAACGGUGACCGAGCAGUUGUCAUACCACACAGUGGCGACGAGGACACGGAUUUCGCUGCUACAGCGGGAUGCAGAGACCGUCGGACGACUCAGCAACUGAGGGCUCUUCAACUGACGUUCCAGUAUCUGGCAUCUUGA